GUUCACUUGGUUUGAUUUUUGUCGUCUAAAGCGAGCCGAGUGAUAACUAGGCAUGGAGAUAUUAUGUUAUUCCAAAAGCAUUUAGGUAACUUGACAAUGACAUUCACAAAGAAGAUCUGAGAGUAUAUUGCAAUAACUUUUGGACCAAACAUAAUAUCCAAAUAAAGAACUUUCAGGACUAAACCAUUUAUUUCAGAAAAAUAUUGGAAUCGUAUAGUAUGUUUGAUUUCUUCAUUUUUUUUAAUUUGUCUGCAAUGUAGUUUUUGGCUUUUUGCAAAGCUUAUCUCCUUUUAAAUAAUAAAAAUCUGCUAAAAGUGUAAAAACUAGAGCUACGUAUUUUAUUAGGAGAUAUCCGGCUGGGCCUGUGCUGUGUGUGCGCUGCUCCGCAAUUUCUAAUUUUCUUGCUGCAAUUUUCGUUUUGCGAUUACCAUUUCAUUGUUUAAUCGUAUUAUCUUCUUUCUUUCUCUUCUUCGGCCUCACCUCCGGCGUUACAGCGAGGAAACAAAUCCAGAGAUGGCAGGGGCAAAUCUCUGGUUGGCCGGCGGCCAAGCGGUCGCGACGGCGCCCCAAUUGAAGCCCACCUUCUGUGGCCUUGACUCCUCGCCCAAAAAACCCAUCAGCAACAGCUUCGGCUUCGUGGGGUGGAAUAGUUUUCUCCAUCACAGUAGCUCCAAGUCCAGAAUCCGCAAGAAUUUACGGAGUUGCCGAUGUGGUGGCGAUAUUAUUAGUAGCAGUUCCGCUGAUGUGUGUUCAUCUUCUUACUCGUCUCUGGACUGGGAUUGGAAUAGAUGGGGCCGUCACUUCGCUGAGAUCGAGCAAGCUGAGAGCUUUGCCUCUGUUCUCAAGUUUCAACUGGAAGAAGCAAUUGAAAAGGAAGAGUUCCAGGAAGCUUCAAAGUUGAAGAAGGCCAUAGCUGAAGCUACUUCAAUGGAUAGUGUUGCUGAAAUCAUGUUUGAACUCAAGAACGCUAUUGACGAAGAGCGAUACCAUGAUGCUUCAAAAUUAUGUAAACACACUGGAAGUGGAUUGGUAGGUUGGUGGGUAGGUUAUUCAACAGAUUCCUCUGACCCCUUUGGAAGACUUGUUCGUAUAACACCUGGCAUGGGAAGAUUCAUCGCCAAGAGUUACACCCCAAGGCAGUUGGUCAAUGCAUCUUCUGGUACUCCAUUGUUCGAGAUAUUUGUUGUCAAAGAUCCAGAUGAAAAAUAUGUGAUGCAAGUAGUUUGUUUGCGAGCCAAAGCAAGUUCGAAGAAUUCCACAACUUCCCCACCUAAAUCUGUAAAACCCUCUACGGCUGAGGUGGAAAGUGUAUCUGAUGGAGAUGUUGAGCAAAAUGAGGUUAAAGAAGAGGCAACUGAUGAAAAGGGUGUAAAUAUCGAGGGAGCUACUGAGGAAGGAAUUAAAAGUGUGAUAAAUUUUCUUAAAGAUAAAAUUCCAGGGUUGAAAGUGAAGGUCAUGAACGUUAAUGUUACUGAAGAAGUGGCGGCGGAAGAUGAUGAUGCUUUGAAGCAGUUGAUUCAAAAUGAGGAUGAAAAGGCAGUGUCUAAUGAAGAUUCUGAAGACGAAUCUGAGAAGUUAGAAGAGAUUCAGUCGGAUGGAGUUUCCUUAGUGAGUAGUAGUGAGUCCUCAGAGGAUGGAAAAGAUCUCGAUAUGAAACUUUUUAUUGGUGGAGUGGUGCAUAACAAUGAGGAUACCCCUACCAAGGAUGAUUAUUCCCGCGUGCCGGCUGAGAUCAAAGAUGUCGAGAAAGAUUCUUUCGUUCUACACAUCCCUGAGAGAAUCUUGGACUAUGACAAUGCAGACAGUAAGCCUUCCAAGUUGAAAGUGGCAGCAAUUGCAGCUAAAGGUGUUUCUGAACUUAUGCCUUCAGAUAUAGCGAAGGCAUUUUGGGGCGCCGACAAAGUUUCUUCAAAGGUUUCCAGGAAUGUGCGUGAAAUAUUCAAACUUGCUGUUAGUCAGGCUCAAAAGCAGAGUAGAUUGUCGGAAUUCACAAACUUCUCCAGAAUUACAAAUACAAAUGAUCUAGAUCCAUUUGACGGCCUAUAUGUUGGUGCAUUUGGUCCUUAUGGAACAGAGGUAGUUCAGUUGAGGCGUAAAUAUGGUCGCUGGAAUGAUGGGAAAGGCUCCUCUGAAUUAGAGUUCUUUGAGUAUGUUGAGGCCGUGAAGCUGACUGGGGAUCUUAAUGUUCCUGCCGGCCAGGUUACAUUUCGCGCCAAAAUUGGCAAAGGGAGUCGCAAUUCCAAUCGUGGGAUGUAUCCCGACGAACUAGGAGUGGUUGCGAGUUAUAAAGGCGAAGGAAGAAUAGCAGAGUUCGGUUUCAAGAACCCGAGAUGGGUUGAAGGGGAACUUCUCCAACUGAAUGGCAAGGGAAUCGGUCCAUAUGUGAAAGGUGCAGAUCUCGGAUUCCUGUAUGUAGUCCCAGAGCAGAGCUUCUUGGUGCUGUUCAACCGGUUGCGAUUACCAGAAUAAGCUCAAGAAAAUGGAUCAUUUAUCAUCCCAGCAGAGAGUUUUUAUUUUUGUAAGACAGAAUGUAUGCCACACCCCUCACUCUUCUACAAAUAAUGUGUAUGUACCUAUGCGAUCCUUGGACGAGAGGAGGGCGGUUUUCCUUCCUUGCCCCACACACUUCUCUCAACUGCUUCCCUGAUAUUACUUACUCUCCACGUCUUCACUUGUCCAUUGAUUCUGAUAGCAAUCCGCGUCGAAACACGAAAUGCUGAGAAAGGAGUGAGUUUAGAAUGGCAACUUCUUGCUUCUUUUUGCAGGUUUUUGCUGUCCAGGAAAAAUGCAAAGUGAUGUGGAAGUUUGAAACUAGUGAAGGGGGAAAAGCUUAAAGGGAAGUAUUUGGUGCCUUUCUUCUUCUUGCUCCCUUUAUGAGUAUAUUCUUUCUGAUCUCCAUGAUCAUGGCAGCUUACCCGUCGGAGUGGAGAUGGAUUUCCAUAUCCAAUUCUUUUCUUGUUCAGAUUUCCUUACAGGUUAAGCACCUUAGUUGAAUGCCAAAACGAGUGCUGUCCACAGCAAGUAAAAAAGUGCAGAGAAAAAAAAAGGGAGUCGGGGGAAAGUAGGGGAUAGAAUUUGUGCCUUUAGAGAAAUCAAAGCAAUCCCAUUAUACCAAGCUUACGCUAAAGCGAAGAACUUUUGCUUUUUUAUCACCACCACCAUCGCACCUUCGUAUUUUAUCUUUGCUUGUUUGCUUCUUUUUGUGUUUUUUCCCUUUUCCUAUAAUAAUAAGCAAAUGCUAAAGUGAUAUAUCUGUGAUUUCAGUCGACGACAGAUUAUCUAAUUUAAGUUAUAACAACGAAAUAUGUUCGUCAACAAAAAGGAGUCCAACCUCGAUCAUUAAGCAUAAGAAUGAAAACAUAUUAUUGAUUAAGUCGACUCACCAACUAAAACCCUUUCAACUUUAUUCAUUCAUGAGAAAGCCAAAAAAAAGGGGGAGGAAUUAUUCAACUUUAUGAGUGGCAUCUCAUACCAGCACAAUUUUAGUGUGCAAUAUCUUACGUGGAACCUCAGUACCUCUCUCUCCCAAGUAAGGAGUCAUCGUCCUCUGCAACAAAACCCACACAUGCACCUCCAACUAGGAGUGAGAGUUUGGUAUGCGGUUUGCGGAUUAUUCACAAACCACACCAAUCCCCACAAGUAGUUGUUGAUCACACCCACAAUUUGUGGUAGUGGAUUGAGUGUGGUUAGCAAAAUUAUAAUUUUUGUGGUUAGUUAUUAACCACUAAUCACAAUAAUUAACCCACAAAAUUCACCAUAAGUAUAACGAACUUUUUCUUUACCUUUAAGUCCAUCAUACUUAUUUAUUAAUAAUAUUUUAUAAUAAAAGAAGCAAAGAAGAAUUUCGUAGAAAACUAAAAUUAACUCAUUGUAAAAAUAAAAACUUAUAGACUAUAGUGUGUUUCCAGCAGGAUUAAUUUGCAUUUUGUAAAGAAGCUUUCAUCUCUUUCUUCUCUCCCACAUAAAAGUUGAAUAGCAAAUUUUAUAUAAGAUAUACAUUCAUGAACAAAACAACAAUAUAUUACUAUAAUCUUGUUGUGAAUAGAGAAUUUGUUGGUGGCAGCCACAACUUCACGCCUAUAAUGAUGAAUUUUUACGAAUAACCACCACCAACUCUCACCAAACCCAACCACAAUGGAUAGUGAUUAACCUAUUAACCACUGCGGUACGGUUUAGGGCUAACAUAAAGUCAUAAAUACAAC